CACAGGCUUAUUCUCGAAAUGCAGUAUAACAGGCGCCAAAGUUGUGUCGAGGCGGGCAACAUGCUGCCCCUCUUUCUGAAAGCUCGACCUCAUAACAGAAACGACACGUGACACUUACUGCGACUGCCUUGUGGCGUGAACCAUGGGAAAGGGCAACACCUAUGCGUGGUAUGUGUGCAUGGUGGUGGCUACAACAAUGAUCUUGUACGGCUAUGACUCUUCGACAUUCAAUGCUGUACAAGGCUCGAAACAUUGGGUGGCAUACUUCCAUAAGCCCAGUCCGAGCGUAAUAGGGUCCAUUAACACUGCGUACAAUGUCGGUGGCAUCAUUGCUGGUGUCUUCAUGUCUGCACCAAUCUCAGAUCGCUUUGGUCGUCGAUGGGCCAUCAUCACUGGCUGCGUGAUCGUGAUCAUCUCAACAUUCAUCUCGACCUUCACACCUCGCAACAUUGGUGGAUUCAUCGCCGGACGUGCCAUUGUCGGUAUUGGACAAGGUAUCGCUCUUCCAGCUGGCCCAACGUAUAUCAGCGAGAUCGCGCCUGCAGAGAGCCGAGGAAAGAUUAUGAGCUUCUGGCAAAUGAACUUCAGCGUGGGGAGCUUUUUGGCUUACUGGAUCAACUACGCUUGCACCAAAAACGCGGCCAAGCUGGGUGACUGGGAUUGGAAAACUGUCCAAAUUUUCCAACUCCUAGCGCCUAUUCUAAUCAUUAUUGGAAUCACGUUCUGUCCUGAAUCACCCCGUUGGCUCGUUAAGCAUGACCGUUUGGAAGCUGCCGUGAAGGCUUUGUCCAAAGUGCGCGACAAUCCGGAACGUGUUCAACACGAGAUCAGUGACAUUUCACGCGCCCUGCAAUUCGAAAAAGACGAAAUCUCCUCAGGAUAUUCCGCACUCUGGAAGGACGAGUCAAUCAGGAAAAGACUGUUGCUUUGUAUCCUGCUCAACAUCGGCCAACAACUUACGGGCCAGGGGUCGCUCAACAACUAUUCUACAAAGAUUUAUCAGUCGGUGUUCACUGAUAACGACACGAUCCAGCUCAUCAAUGCACUCAAUGGCACCUUCGGUAUCCUCUUCACACUCAACGCCACUUGGACUGUUGACAGAUUCGGUCGCCGCUUCUUGUUCCUUGUUGGUGCUGUCGGCAUGGCUGCAUGCAUGAUCACGGCAGCCGCUGUUGUCACAGAGACCCCCGGAAGCCUUAGCGCAGGGAAACCACGCAGCGUCGGCAUCGCCACGGUCUUCCUGAUGUUCCUUUUCGCUUUUUUUUUCAAGCCGUCGUGGGGCGCGACAGUCUGGAUCUGGACCGGAGAGAUCUUCUCGAUGAAUGUUCGCAACCAAGCCAUUGCCAUAUCAUCACAGUUCCAGAAUGUCGCAAACGUCUGUCUUCAGCAAGCAUUUCCAGUGUUCCUAGCUAAUGAGGGCUUCUACGCCAUGUACAUGUUCGGUGCCAUCAACGUGGUGCUGUUUGCUUAUGUCUGGUUCUUUAUUGCGGAGACGAAGAACGUCAGUCUUGAAGAGAUGGACAUCAUCUUUGGCGGCGCGAAUCAUGUUGAGAACGCUGAGUUGAGCAAGGGGACUGCGGAACAGAUCGAAAUUGCUACAGCUGAGACAAUCGUUAUGGCGGCUCCGAAGCGAAACCCGUAGGUUCUGGUCCUUCGAAGAGUGGCGGAGUGCUGAAUAACGGAUUAAAUCAGAGCGGCACUAGUACAGCAAUGGCAAUUCGUGACAGCGUCCUUUC